CUUCACUGUCGGGAAGCGCCAGCGGUAGAUUCGUGGCGUAGCUACAGGGAAAAAAAGUAAGAAAUUCUCGCGCAAUGACGGAUGAAUCCUUGCUGCCGGAGAUUUCCAGCCUCGCCAUCCGCGACUCUCCGGCCCGGGCCGGCGAUUCCGCCUCCUCCCCACCAGAUCUCGACGUGUCGGUGGCCCUGGAUCACGCCGAGGCCGUGGUGCGCAAAUGGGAGAAUGGCACUGGCGAGCAGAUGGUCUGGGAGAUCUCCUCCGAGGACGCGCAGGAUUAUCUCCUCGCCGUGGAUAGCCUCCAAGCUCUCCUUGGCGAUGGCGAUGGCGGCCCCGAUGCUGCCAGGAUCCAGGAGGUGCUGCGAAUCGCCCAGGGGCGAUUGAAGAGCGAGUUCAAGCACUUGCUCGCGAUCCACACCGAGUGCGUCGACCCGAGCUGGCUGCCCGAGAGCUUCUCGGCGCCAUCUUUCAGCUCCAACCCGGAUCCAUCCGACGAAGAUGGCUCGUCAACGAAUCCAGAUGGUGUCUCCACCGAGCAGCAGUCGAUGCGAGAGCAGAGCUUCAUCAUAGAUCUCCUCCCGCCCGCCAUCGUCGCGGACUUGAGCGACAUAGCCCGGAGGAUGGCCAACAUGGAUCACUCCCGGGACUGCAUCGACGCUUACAUCCUCGUCCGCAAGGGCGUCCUCGAGGACAGUAUGUUCUUGCUGGGAGUGGAGAGGCUCUCGUCCGAGGACGUCCAGAAGAUGGAGUGGAAGGUUUUGGAGCCGCGCAUGAAGAAGUGCCUCAAGGCCAUGAAGGUUUCGUUCAAGGUGCUGUUUGCGAGUGAGAGGUUUCUCUCCGACGAGGUUUUCGCCGUGGACCUCGAGGAGAGCGAUACGUGCUUUGCCGAGAUGGCCAACGACGCGGCGCUCGAGGUGCUCGACAUGAUCAGAGUGUUUGCGACGCCGGACAAGCCCGAGAAGCUGUUCCGGCUGCUGGACAUGUACGAGACGCUCAAGGAGCUGCUGCCCGAGAUCGAGUUGGCGUUCCAAGGACAGGUUUGCAGUCGAGUGCGCCAAGAGGCUGCUGAUGUUCUCGAUAUACUCAGUGGUGCUGCCAGGGAGACCUUCGUCGGGGUGAAGAACGCCAUCGAGACGAGCUUGUCGACGCAGCCGGUUGUUAACGGAGCCGUGCAUCCCCUCACGCGGUACCUGAUGAACUACCUCUCGUUUCUGUCCGAGUACAUGGACACGAUGAAGGAGCUCUUUGGUCACCAGGAGUCCGCGAACGGGGAGGCUGGUGUGGCUGGCGGCGACGAGACGAGCGAAGCCGCGGGUGCCGGUGAGGACGAGAACGAAGUUGGAGCUCUCCGAUCGCCGCUGGUGCCGGUCUUGAUGGAGAUACUAGAGGCGCUGAUGAGGCACACGGACGAGAACGCGAGGCUGUACAAGGACACGGUGCUGAGCACCAUCUUCCUGAUGAACAACACACACUACAUCGUCCAAAAGGCCAAGCACGCUGGGAUCCAGUUCGUUAUCGGGGACUCUUGGCUGCGGAGGCACAGCUCGCUGGUGCGGUACCACGCCAUGAACUACCAGAGGGUGGCGUGGGGGAAGAUCUUCUCCUAUCUCCGGGACGAGGGAAUCCGGGGACCGGGAUACAACAUCUCCAAGGAGAUACUCAAGGAGAGAUUCAAGAACUUCAACGCUGCGUUUGAGGAGAUCCACAGGACGCAGGCGGGAUGGGUGGUGUCCGACGGCCUCCGGGACGAGCUACGCGUUCUCAUCAGUGACAAGCUCAUCCCGGCCUACCGAUCCUUCCUCGGGAGAUACAGGGUCCACCUCGAAGGCAUGAGACACUCGGAGAGAUAUCUCAAGUACUCGGUGGAGGACUUGGAGAACCUCAUCAACAAUCUGUUCGUGGGAGCAGCGCAUGGUUCGAUGAGCAGGCGACGAUCCAUCACCGGUGGAGGGUGAGCUUGAGUACGCGCUACGAUCGAAGGAAACGAGAAAGCUAAAGUACCAUCGGUGCGCGAGAAAAAAGUUCCAAGAGUUGAGGGACGAAGUGGUGAGGAGGAGGAUAUCAAGUGGAGCGAUAACGGAACAUGGAUGGAUUGACCAGGUUGCUUGCUACUCUCUCUCAGCUCUUUCUCUCUUUUUUUCUUACUAAGCAACGUUUUUGAGGAGCGGGGAUUUGUGGCUCUUUUCUUUUUCUUUUUUUUUUCUCUCCUCUUUUUGCUCCUGUACAGAUUAGCGAGCCUCCAGUGGGAAGAAGAAAUUUUCUCCACCUCUGGCAGCUGGCUGCUGUUGUGCUGUUGUCUGGGACUCUUGAUUUCAUAAUGUAAUAAAGCGCUGAAAAUCAAAAACAUCGUUUAAGAUUAUUC